CCCGCGUCUGUUACCCAGCGCCACCCUGCGCGGGUCCCCGCACGCUUGCCUGGCCCGCACGCCCUCCCGGGGGUCCCUGGCGCUCGGAGGCGCCGGCCACAGCAUCCGCGCCUGGGAGCCGGCCGCCGGGGCGCAGCGAGUCUGGAAAAGUUGGCGAGGAGGGCUGGACAACCCAGGCAUUUCCACGCUGUGCUGCCUCCUGAGCUCUGGAUCCACCUCGCCGUGGUGGCCUGUGGCAGUCGGCUGGAGGAGACGCUGGUCAUGCUCAAGUCGGCCGUGCUCUUCAGCCACAGGAAGAUGCAAUUUCACAUCUUCACUGAGGAUGCUCUGAAGCCGGAGUUUGAUAAGCAGUUACGACAGUGGCCUGAUUCUUAUAUGAAGAAGUUUGAGCACAGAAUCUACCCCAUCACCUUCCCUGUUGGAAACUCUCAAGAGUGGAAGAAAUUAUUCAAACCCUGCGCUGCCCAGAGACUCUUUCUUCCGGUGAUUUUGAAGGAUGUGGACUCCCUUCUCUAUGUGGACACCGAUGUUCUCUUUCUGAGACCUGUCGAUGACAUCUGGAAACUUCUGAGGCAGUUUAAUUCCACGCAGCUGGCUGCCAUGGCCCCUGAGCAUGAGAUCCCGAAGAUUGGCUGGUACAGCCGCUUUGCCCGGCAUCCUUUCUACGGCUCUGCAGGAGUUAACUCAGGAGUCAUGUUAAUGAAUUUAACUCGGAUAAGAAACACCCAGUUCAAGAACAGCAUGAUUCCAACAGGCUUGGCUUGGGAGGACAUGUUGUACCCUCUGUACCAGAAGUACAAGAAUGCCAUCACGUGGGGAGACCAGGAUUUAUUAAAUAUUAUUUUUUAUUUCAACCCAGAGUGUCUCCAUGUGUUUCCCUGCCAGUGGAACUACCGUCCCGAUCACUGCAUGUAUGGGAGCAACUGCAAGGAGGCUGAGCGGGAGGGAGUGUCCGUCCUUCAUGGGAACAGGGGCGUGUACCAUGAUGACAAGCAGCCAACCUUCAGAGCACUCUAUGAAGCCAUUCGGGACUUUCCCUUUCAAGACAAUCUCUUUCAAUCCAUGUAUUACCCUCUCCAGCUGAAGUUUUUGGAAACUGUACACACUCUUUGUGGACGAAUCCCACAGGUUUUCCUGAAGCAAAUUGAGAAAACAAUGAGAAGGGCCUAUGAGAGACACGUCAUCAUCCAUGUUGGCCCCAACUACAUGCACUAAAUAUACUGUCUUGUCGCAAGCCAGUUAGCCAUCUUGUGACCAAGGAAACAUUAAUCUUUAUGCAGCCUGGAUAUUUUUGUGUGACUAUCCAAUGGUGUUCCAUGACUAUUGAGUUUUAAAAGCCUUGUUAAAUUCUGCUAAAUUAGUUGUCUCUAAAAGAGAAUAUGUUUUUCCCUCAUUUUUCUCUAAAAUCUUACUUAUCCCUGUUUUGAAAAAAAAAAAGUUAAAGUAACUAUUAUUAUGCGUUUAACAUUGCUCCAGCAGAAUAAGCUCACAGUGAAAAGGAAGUUUUGAGAGCCUGGUGACCUGUUUCUGUUCAGUGUUUGGUCCAUUUCACUGGUAUCCACAGUGUUAUAUUUAACUAGCAUCCGAGACUUUCUAUGUAAUUGGCUUCCUCCCACAUCUGUUGUAAAAUCAACACGUAUAGGUCAGGACCCAAAAUCGCGAUUAGGUCAGUCAUAAUUCUACCAGCCUGUGAAAAAGAUUAUUAACAUUUUAUUGUAUUUCCUGCCACUCUCCACCUUCCUGUUUUCAUACUUCUAUAUCUCCUACUAUAACACGUAUCAUAAACAGAUAGUCUCAGUAAAUAUAGGCCCCAACACUGAGAUUUUUUUUCCUUUUUUUUUUUUUGAGGGGGAUCAAACUUAGCACUUUGCACUUGCUGGACAGGUUCUUGUGCCACUGAGUGAAAUCCCUGGCCUGAGAUUUUUCUUAUGUAGGAGAUUAAAAAGUUCAACAAGAUUUUUACAUUUACAGUAUCUUACCUACAGUACAUCUGGAACAAGCAUUCAGAUUUCAGCUACUGGACAGUGUUGAAAGAUAAAGCAUGCAUGUGAGGGCGUAUCUCAAGAAAAUUGUUUAGGACAAAACCAGAAGAGAUUUCUAUGCAACGAUAACAUCUAAAAGGAAAUUUCAACAAUUUCAUCAAGCCCAAGAAAUUUCUUCAGCACAGAGAUGUGAUUUUAUGUUUGUCCUCCCACAAAAGCACUUGGUCCUUUCAGUCCUUGCUACGUGGGACCACUUCCUUGUCUUUAAUUACAUGUGCUGCCGGAGUGAGCACUCAUUUCUCUUUGAGCUUCUGGGCAGUAGCUAAAAAUCUAAAGGCCAGCUUCAGAUUUAAUGUGUUCAAACGAGUAAAUAGUCAGCUAAUUGGACUGAUGAGAAGAUUCAAGUUCUUACCAGUCUUAGGAAGGUCUCUUUGCUUUAAGAGCUGUUAACCAAGAAACCUUCCAGGUCUUAGCACCUAGCGACAGUAGAGAAAGUUCUAUAUUUUGUUCCCGAAGGGAGCUGACUUAAUCACUGUUUGCUCAGAAGGCUGGUAUCAGCAUAAGGGCAUUUUGCAUGCUGUAUUUAUUGUAAAUUACUUUUGUCUAAAUGACCUCUUUGAUGUUUCCAACAGUGUAGUGAACUUAGGGUCUGUGUUAGCUCCAUUAGGUAAAUAAGGAAACUGUAACACGAAGAAUUGAACACACUCUCAUUGUCUUUUUAUUUAUUUUCCUUCCUUCC